CUUGGAACCCACUGCUGCCCUCGGCUCCGAGUCCAGGGCAAGCGCGGAGAGUGCAGGAGGCAGAUCCUGGGCGCGAGAGCAGGACCGUCGGCGCACUGGGCAUGAACCUGGAGGGCGGUGGCAGCCGAGGCGGAGAGUUCGGCAUGAGCUCUGUGAGCUGUGGCAACGGGAAACUCCGCCAGUGGCUGAUCGACCAGAUCGACAGCGGCAAGUACCCGGGGCUGGUGUGGGAGAACGAGGAGAAGAGCAUCUUCCGCAUCCCCUGGAAGCACGCGGGCAAGCAGGACUACAACCGCGAGGAGGACGCCGCCCUCUUCAAGGCUUGGGCGCUAUUUAAAGGAAAAUUCCGAGAAGGCAUUGACAAGCCAGACCCUCCCACGUGGAAGACACGUUUACGGUGUGCUUUGAACAAGAGCAAUGACUUUGAGGAACUGGUUGAGAGGAGCCAGCUGGACAUCUCAGACCCCUACAAAGUAUACAGGAUUGUUCCUGAGGGAGCCAAAAAAGGAGCAAAGCAGCUCACCCUAGAGGAUCCACAGAUGACCAUGAGCCACCCCUAUACCAUGCCGACUCCUUACACCUCACUCCCAGCGCAGCAGGUCCAUAACUACAUGAUGCCACCUCACGACCGAAGCUGGAGGGAGUACGUCCCUGACCAGCCCCACCCUGACAUCCCUUAUCAAUGUCCUGUGACCUUUGGACCUCGAAGCCACCACUGGCAAGGCCCAGCUUGUGAAAAUGGUUGCCAGGUGACAGGAACCUUUUAUGCUUGUGCCCCACCUGAGUCCCAGGCCCCUGGAAUCCCCAUUGAGCCAAGCAUAAGGUCUGCCGAAGCCUUGGCCCUCUCAGACUGCCGACUCCACAUCUGCUUGUAUUACCGGGAAGUCCUGGUGAAAGAGUUGACCACGGCCAGUCCCGAAGGCUGUCGGAUCUCCCACGGGCACACCUAUGAUGCCAGUAACCUGGACCAAGUCCUCUUCCCCUACCCAGAAGACAAUGGUCAGAGGAAAAACAUCGAGAAACUGCUGAGUCACUUGGAAAGGGGUGUGGUCCUCUGGAUGGCCCCUGAUGGGCUCUAUGCCAAAAGACUGUGCCAGAGCAGGAUCUACUGGGACGGGCCCUUGGCAUUGUGCAGUGACCGGCCCAACAAACUGGAGAGAGAUCAGACCUGCAAGCUGUUUGACACACAGCAGUUCUUAUCAGAACUGCAAGCAUUUGCUCACCAUGGCCGUCCGCUGCCAAGAUUCCAGGUAACUCUGUGCUUUGGGGAAGAGUUUCCGGAUCCCCAAAGACAAAGGAAACUCAUUACUGCUCACGUUGAACCUCUACUGGCCAGACAGCUCUAUUAUUUCGCUCAGCAAAACAGUGGACACUUCCUAAGGGGCUAUGAUUUACCUGAACACAUGAGCAGUCCAGAGGAUUAUCACAGAUCCAUUCGCCACUCCUCCAUUCAAGAAUGAGAAACGUCCAGUGAUUCUGCUUCAUUAUAAAUACCUGACUUUGACCGCACAGCUGAUUGAACCCCCCUCGUUUUGUUUUGUUUUUGUUUUUUGACGAC